GUUGUGUUCGCGGCUGAGCGGCUGCUGAGCACGGGCUCUUCAUUUUAAGAAAAAUAAUAUUUUUUUUCCGGAGCGGGCGGGUUCCUGGUGCCGCUGUUGGCGCGGCUCUGCGAGCGCCUCUGGUUACGUUCCCGGGGCGGCCGCUGUUAACGCCAUCGAGGCGCUGCGGCCGCGCUCCGCUCCCGUUGCGGGCGGUGCGUGCGCGGCUUCCCGAGGUCGCAGCGGCGGCAGCAGCAAGCGGCGGUGGUGGAGAGGGAGGUUUCCCUCCCUCCUUGCGGCACCAUGAAAGCCGUGAGCCCCGUCCGGCACCCCAGUCGCAAGGCGCAGCCCGGCGUGGCGGGCGGCGGCGGGGGGCACCCGGCUCUGCGGUGCCUGGCCGAGCACAGCGGCUGCAAAGGGAGCCCGCCGUCGGGCGAGGAGCCGGCGGCGCUGUGCCUGCAGUGCGAUAUGAAUGACUGUUACAGCCGGCUGAGGAAGCUGGUGCCCACCAUCCCGCCCAACAAGAGGGUCAGCAAAGUGGAGAUCCUACAGCACGUCAUCGACUACAUCCUCGACCUGCAGCUGGCUCUGGAGACGCACCCAGCGCUGCUCCGGCAGCAGCCGCCGCCGCCCGCUCUGCACCCAGGCAGCUGUCCCGCGGGCACUCCCCCGGACCCCGCUGACUGCCCUGAACACUGACCCGGCAGGCUCUGUUAACAAGCCGGGGGACAGCAUCCUGUGCCGCUGACCGCCGCUCCCCAGGUGUGCGGCGGCGCCGCGCCGCGCAGAGGCAACGCGGGGGGCGGGCGGCGGCGGGGGGGGCCCGGCCCUGCCCCGCCGCACCGGAGGAAGGAGCCAUCCAAUCCCCCGAGCAGUUCCCAUGCUUCACCCCGGCAGAGCCAAGCCUUUUCACCAUUUUGCACGUCCGUAGCGGUCCCCCCCCCGUCCCCAGCUCCCCGUGUCCUUUCCCCUCUUCCCCCCGGUUCCGUCUCUUCUCGUCGUUCCCGGCCAGCUGUGAGCGGCGGCGUGUCCCACGGUGGCAGCGGGAAAAGUUGCGACUCUGCCCCGGGAUAGAGGACCGAGCCUAAACCAGACUUUAGAAACCUUGUAACUCUUAAGGGACCGAGCAGCCGAAUCUUGAAGCUUUACUAAUCUCCCAGAGCAUUUGUAGAUAUAUUUGACAUCUAUUGUUUAAAAUAGAUGGAUUUUAUUGGGGCCCAGGGAACUUUCUUAUCCCUGCAGGAAUGUUACAUAUUGUAUAGACAAAUGAGUGACAUUUCAUACUGUGUAUAUAUAGAGAUGUUCUAUAAGUGUGAGAAAAGUAUAUGCUUUAAUAGACUACUGUAAUUAUAAAAUAUUUUUAAUUAAAUAUUUUUUGUAAAUAUUAUAAAGGUGUGUAUGUUUUUUUUAAUCUGUGGGAGCUCAAGUACAGAGCUGCUGAUACGGAAAUAUCUUAAAUGUUUAGGACUUUUUUUGUCCCCAAAUGUCCUUUAGACUUGAGAGUUGCAGCUUUAGCUAGUGCAUGAUUGCAUGAGGUGUCUAAUUGCAAAUAAACUUGUUUGGAGUCCAUACAACGUGUUUUCCUCAAUCUAGACUAAAAAUGUUUGUAAGUGUAUUAUACAUUUUGAGACUACACUUUUGUCAUUUAGGCACAGGGAUUUUUAGUGCAUUCUAUAAAAGUAGCGGUAAGAUGUGUUUUUUACUGAGACAAGAAAAAUUUUAUCUAGUGUUCUUGCAUUACGGGGGCAAUGCUUUAGAUCUCUUAUCAGUUUGGUUUGUUUUUUUAAGUCUGCUCUUGAAUUAGAUCAAGAAACUUGUUUGGAAACUUCGUUUAGCACCAAAAGGUUUUAUCGCAAAUUUGUGUUCCUACAGCUUUUUAAUUGCUUAAAAACUGAAAACCGUUCUCUGCUUGCAGCCAAAGGGCAAACCAUUAACAAAACCAGUUGCUGUUUCCUUCGUCCAAAGAGUAUUGAUAGUGAACUGCAGAAGGGCACAUGGGCUAAAUCAUUAUGAUCAGUGAUGUAAAUUAAUCUUAAAAUGAACUUAAGUAGACCAAAAAUCGGAUAACUGCGUCAAGAUUAUUUUUCUAGUACAAAAUUACUUACAUUUCACUGCAGCUAUGUUACAGUUAAAAUCCUGUUUAAUCUCUGUGAUGUGUACCUGCUACAUGUGAACAUUAAACUAGAUUUACCUGUCUUUAACUGUGAUUCUUCAGCUUAUUUCUUCAAUCCUCUGAAUUUGCACAUUCUCCUCACUAUUUGUAUGGAGCAUUUGAUGGGUGAAUUAUUUUCACGGCAAGCUCUUGUACAGUUGGGUCCUGCUGGCUGUAAGCUUGUGUCCAGGCUUGGUGAAAGAUCCUCAUCUUGUGUGAUCAGUAGCCUGCACACUAGUGCAAUGGGAUAGUCAGAGUGGGAGAAUUAAGUAGGAUUUAAUUGGGUGCUUCGUAAAUAGCUAGCCAACUGUGUGUGUAACAUGGUCUGUUUGACUAAAAAAGAGGAUUUGUUUCAGAUUAUACAAGUGUCAAAAGUACUAUAACCCAAGGGAGGACUUCUAUUAAGUUAAAUAUUUAUAAGGAAAUUAACUAUGGGGGCCAUUAGGUAUUGACUACAGUGAUAGUGUCAACAAGAUGAACACUUUCUUUAUCAAAAUAAUUGCGUAAAGAUCAAAUCAAAAAGUGGCUAACACGUCUGCAAACACAAGGCCUCCUGUCACUGCAAAUGCUUUAAAGGCACAGGCAUUUUACAGCCUGAGCUGGGACUUAAGGGAUGGGUAGUGGGUCCCUGCAUUGUAUUUCCCCAGCCCUGCCGUUGCAAUUUUAGUCGAUUUAAUGAGCAAAAUACAUGGUCUUGUAAAGUUAAGUCACUAACCUCUUAUCCUGGAUUCUCCCAGCUAUUUUCAUGACAGUAGCAAUACUAUCAAUAGAAUUUUUGCUGCACUUUGGGAAUCUUUCUGAUAUAUUAAAAAAGAGGGAGGCAGCAGUCUUUUUCCAAAGGAUUAGUUUAAAUUUACAUUGAUUGUUUAUCCUAUUAAUAUUUGUCAUUUUCUGCUUACUUCAGCUUGUACAGCUCGGAUUAUUUUGUAUACAAUUUCUCAGUAACAUCGGUUCUCAGUACACUCAUUUGUUGCUAUCCGCUGUUGCCAAAUUAUAGUAUUCCGUUACAUAGGAGAGGAAGCAAGCAAGAGGUGCUGUCGCUGUCCUAAAACAAAACUAUCUUGUAGAGUUUCUAAAUAUCAAAGCUGACGUAUCCUGGGAGAGCUGGUAAAAUACUGAGCUGCUCUUCAGGGAAGAACGUACCAAACCCUGGAUUGUUUCAGGUCAGGGCAAUCUCCCGUUGAGUUUAGCAGCUUAAGGGUUUGGGUUUGCUUUUUGGAAAACUUGCGGUUCAACAAGUUAGGACCUUUAGAAAAUGAAGUUUUAAUAAAGAGCUGUGAAAAUUUUUUGUGUUAUAUGUAGGAUUCUUCAGAAAUGCGAAAGCCUGCAUAUAGCAGUCGGACUAGAUUACAAUAGAUGCUGGUCUUUACUUAUUCCUUACGCUACUUAUAAAAUUAAAGGAAUAUCUAAUUGCUUGCUUCCUGAUGCCUGGGAUCAGUACAGUCCUAAGUGCAGCCAUAAUUAUUUUCUGUUUUUCAAAGAUUUUAGAGUCUUUCAUCAUACAGUAAUCCCGUAUCUUGUUUAAAUCAUGUUUUCCAUAUAGCAAAAGGCGUAAAUGUUUGAACAAAGGCAAAUUAAAAGGACUCUUUCUUCUAA